CUGAUUAAACAAGGAUAUGUUUUAUUGCUUAGAAAUUUAACUCAGAGGAAGAAUGUGUUAUUUCUGUGUAGAAGUGUUACAUACUCUGGCUUUCUAGCUUUUAAGUGACGAAUGGAAAACAAGUCUUGGUAUUAUUUUGGUAUCAAAUAAAAAAAGAAAAGCUAAUGCAUCUACAUUUACUUUUUAGUAGUAUUAUAACUUUAAUAUUAGGAGAUUAAUCCUCAGACAAUGAUUUGAUAUAUCUCUGUUGACCUCGACCCAGUAAAGCCAGAGUAGAGUUCUAAGCUGGUUGGUCAUUCCUGGUGAUUUGCUUGACUUCACACCUGCUUUCAAUUAAUACAAAUUACAAGCUCCUUCUGGAUUCUCAGUGGGAGAACACCAUCAGACUUACGUGUAGGGGAAAUAAGUCAUUCUUAAGGCCAAUAUCUCUUGUGACUUGUCUUCCAAAGAGUCAGGGGACUGUAAGAUCUCCAUUUAGCAAGACUUUGUUUAAUGCAUGUAGUGAAUCAACAUGAGUACAGUUAAAUUCAUGGGUGAAGACAGCAUCAAUAUGCAGCCUGCUGACAUGGACAUGACUUGUAAUGUUUCCCAUGCCAGCACUUCAUCCCAGCAGACUGAACUGCCAGGUGGUGCUGAGCAGCAGACCAUGAGAGUUUACCUCAGAGUCAGGCCCUUCUCUAAAGAGGAACUCUCUGACAAGGAGGAACAGGGUUGUGUAGUGAUUGAAAACAACCAGACAGUGACCCUGAAAGCGCCAAAGGGUUCCGCCACCAUGAAGAGCAGUGAGAAGGGCAUCGGCACAUCGCUCCACAAAUUCUCCUUCUCACAGAUUUUUGGACAAGAGAUGACCCAGUCUAAGCUUUAUGAGGACACCGUCAAAAGCCAAAUGUCUGAUUUCUUGGACGGGAAGAAUGCACUGAUAUUUAGCUAUGGCGUAACCAACGCAGGGAAAACCUACACAAUCCAAGGAACGCCAAAAGAGCCGGGCAUACUCCCUCGAGUGCUGGAUGCCACCUUUCACUACGUCGGAGGCCGUCUGUAUGAUGGGAUGGACCUGAAGCCCUACCUCAGGAAUGACGCACAGUAUCUGGAUCCUGACCAAGUCAAGCAGGAGAGAAGCGCUAAAGCUUCCAUUUUAGCUUCAGUCAAAGAUGAGUGUGACCCUACCAGAGCCAGUGGUCGUUUGUCUUCUCCCUCUACCCAGUUCUCUUUCUCUUUGACCUACAAUCAAACCGUGUUGGCAAGUGACCCAACAGAAGCAGGCAGCGGCCAGUUUGCCUUAUGGGUGGCAUUCUUUGAAAUCUACAAUGAGUGUGUGUAUGAUUUGCUUCAACCUUCUUUUUGCUCAAAGUCCAAGAAACGUGCUGCUCUUCGAGUGUGUGAUGAUGGUGUUGGAAAUGCUUAUGUUAAAGAUCUCAGGUGGAUUAACAUCCAGACCCUGGGAGAAGCCUCCAAACUGCUACAGUUCGGAAACAAAAACAGAAGUGCUGCAGCCACGAAGAUGAACCAGUCCUCGAGCAGAAGCCACAGCAUAUUUACCAUGAAGUUACUGAAGAUCGAUGGCAGCGCAGUUAAACGGAUCUCGGAGUUUUCUUUGUGUGACCUGGCCGGCUCAGAACGAUGCAACAAAACCAAGACAUUCGGGGAGAGGCUGAAGGAGGCCGGGAACAUAAACAACUCCCUGCUCAUUCUGGGGAAGUGCAUCAGUGCCCUUCGCAACCAUCAGACUGACAGAAUGAAGGGCAGCUACAUUCCUUUCCGAGAGAGUAAGCUCACCAAGCUCUUCCAGGCGGUUUUCUGCGGCAAAGGGAAAGUGUCUAUGAUCGUCAACAUCAACCAGUGUGCUUCCAACUACGAUGAAACUCUCCAUGUUAUGAAGUUCUCUGCUCUUGCCAAACAGGUGGUGCAGGUGAUCCCAGACAAGUCUCUGGAGUCUCCAGCUCCUUGUUUGGUCGGCCGUGACGGCAAGCCUCUGGUGAGGAAUGGGGUGAUCGACAGCCAGGGCCUGGAGAACUACCUGUCUGAGGAGGAGCUGCUGGAUGAGGCGGACAUGUCUUUGCUGCCAGAGGAUGACCUUGUGAAUAUAAUUGAGAGCCUGCGAACAAAACUCCUGGCUGAGCGAAGAAGAAACCUGGUUCAGGAAAUGGAGAUUCGGAAGGAAAUGGGAGAUGCCAUGUUACAACAGCUCAUGGAGAGCGAAGACCUCCGCAUUCGACAGAUAGCGGAGCAGAAGGAGAGCAACCAAGAAAAGCUGGAGAACACUUUUGAGAUGUACAAGGAUGCUAUCAAAGAGCACGCCUACCAGUGUGCUAUGAACAAUCUGGAGGAUGACUACAUACCUCUUGACGAGUUCAUUGCUGAACAGGAGAAAGUGGAGGCCCUGAAACGUAAAGUGUCAGAGUUGGACACCUUAACGUCCAGUGUUGGACAGGAAUUGUGUGCAGUUCCAACAGUGGACCAGUCGUGCCAGACUCCACCACCCAAAGCGACAGAAGCAGCAGCAGCAGCAGGGGAAGAUCGCUGCAAACGGCUGUACAAAGAAAAAUGUGCCGUAGAGAAGAUGUGCGAGGAUAAAGAACAGUUGAUUUUGUCCCUAGAGAAAAGGCUGAUGGAGCUCAGUGAAACACUUCAGAAGGUCAGAGUUGGCUUCCUGGAGAAUUCGGCUGAUCUGGAGGCUUUACAGAGGAAGUGGGACGAUCAGACAAAAUCUAUGGACGACAUCCUACGGCAGAACGUUGAAAAAGACCGGGAGAUUGCAUCACUGAAGGCAGAACUUGCCAAGCACUCCCAGAAGUCUCCUGUGGAGCCCAAAACCAAGCGAGGCCUGCUGGCCAACAUCAGGGAAGCAGUGACUUCUCCCCGGAAUAGUUCUCCUGGGCGAAAGCUAAGGAAAACGGUGAAGACUGCACACAAUUGAACAACAUCUGGACAAAAGGAGAAAGAUCCCUUAAACAUGGACAGUUUUGGGGCACCUGCAAUUGUGACUCAUUGUUUAUUUUAUUCAGGUGUAGUGUUUCUUAUGAUGGCAUUUCCUAUGUUUUUGUGUUUUUAAUCAAAUUAAAUUGCUCAAACUUC